AUGCAGCCCCCGAGAGGCCUGGGGCUCAACCCAGACUACCCUGCUGCUCCUCCCCCCACAAACGGGGUCUCUCAGCCUUUCUAUCAGGGUACUGCAGCAGCAGCAAAGCCCCCAUACGGCAGCGGCAUGGGGGCCCCCCCCCCGGGGCCCCCGGGGCCCCCGGGGCCCCCAGGGGCCCCCGGGGGGGCCCCCCCAGGGGCCCCCGCAGCAAUGGCUGGGUACUACAGCCAAGACACAGCGCCUGCGAUGCAGCAGUACCCGCAGCAGAUGCACAUGCCGUAUUCACAGCAGCAGCAGCAGCAGCAGCAGCAGCAGCAGCAGCUGCAGCAACAGCCUAUGUAUUCAGGAGCUUCGUUUGGUGCGCCUCCCCCUAUGCAGCAGCAGGCUCCUCUUUACCCGCAGCAGCAGCAGCAACAGCCGCUGCAGCAGCAGCCACUGCAGCAGCAGCCGCUGCAGCAGCAGCCGCUGCAGCAGCAGCAGCAGCAGAUGCCACCUGGGGGUCGGUAUAUAGGGGCGUCCCCGAGCCCGUUUGGUGCUGCUCCUCCUCCUCAGCAGCCACCGCAGCAGCUGCAGCAGCAGCAACUGCAGCAGCAGCAGCAGCAGCAGCAGCCAUGCUACAUGCCUGCUCCUAUGCAGCAGCAAGAAUCAGUAUCUGGUGGUUAUAUGGGUGGAGGGUUGAUGCGCCCAGCAACAGCAACAGCAGCAGCAGCAGCAGCAGCAGCAGCAGGAGUACCCGCAGCAGGAGGAGGUUUGCGUUCAUCGUAUUACCCGUCAUCUUCCUCAGCAGCAGCAGCAGCAGCAGCAGCAGCAGCAGCAGCAGCAGCGCAGCAGAGUAAACAAGAAAAUAAUUUAUUUUAUCAAGGGGGGAGAGACGUGCAGCAGCUGAACGCCCCCGCUGUCUUUAGAAGACAGCAGCAGCAGCAGCAGCAGCAGCAGCAGCAGCAGCAGCAGCAGCGGUGGCUGCUGCAGCAGCAGCAGCAGAGAUAA